UCUCUCUCUCUCUCCUCUCUCUAGGUUCUUGCUGGUUUGCUGCUUCGCACAGGCCGAUUCCAUGCUGAAAGAAGGAUUUGAAGUGGUGAAUAGGGAUCUCGAGAUGACGCCGUCCCUUGAGCUGUGGGACUCCAGCGGGUUCUCCGACCCAGCCUCAGCCCGGUGCGCCGGCUCCGAGCGGAACGAGCUCUCCGACUGGGUGGAACAAGUCACCAGGCAGCUCAUUGACGACUUGCCCGAGACGCCCGGUGGGGGCGCCGACUCAGAGAUGGCGUCGGAGGAUUGCAUUCCGUCGAUCCUCAACGACUUGAGGCCGAGGAAGGCUCUGAGGUGGAAUGUCAUCCAUCACCACCUCGAGGGCAACAGCGACUCGGUUCAUUGGGGCAAUGAAGCAAGCCCGAGCGAGAGCAACGGCCUUGGCCUGCUGACGCUCCUCCUUGAGUGUGCCGUGGCUAUUUCUGUGGACAACUUGGGCGAGGCGCAUAGAAUGUUGCUCGAGCUGACCCAAAUGGCCUCGCCCUACGGGCCGUCGUGCGCCGAGAGAAUCGUCGCCUACUUCGCCAAGGCGAUGUCGAGCCGGGUCAUCAACUCGUGGCUCGGCAUUUGCUUGCCCCUCGUCGACUACAGGAGCGUCAACUCCGCGUUCCAGGUCUUCAACACCGUCUCGCCCUUCGUCAAGUUCGCCCACUUCACCUCCAACCAGGCCAUCCUCGAAGCCUUCCACCGCCGCGACCGAGUCCACAUUGUUGACCUUGACAUAAUGCAAGGCCUGCAGUGGCCGGCCCUCUUCCACAUCCUGGCCACGCGCAUCGAGGGGCCUCCGCACGUGCGGCUGACUGGCAUGGGCGCCUCAAUGGAGCUUCUCGUCGAGACGGGAAGGCAGCUCACGAACUUCGCCAAGCGGCUCGGGAUGUCCUUCGAGUUCCACCCGGUUGUGAGGAAAUCCGGGGAGAUCGCCGACCUCCCGUACGCAGUGCAGCUCCGGCAGGGCGAGACGCUGGCCGUGCACUGGCUCCAGCAUUCCCUCUACGACGCGACAGGGCCUGACUGGAAGACGAUGAGGCUACUUGAGGAGCUGGCCCCGCGCGUGAUCACGCUGGUGGAGCAGGACGUCUUGCACGGCGGCUCCUUCCUGGACCGCUUCGUUGGGUCGCUCCACUACUACUCGACCCUCUUUGACUCGCUCGGCGCCUGCCUGCCGUCCGACGACCCAAGCCGGCACCAGGUCGAGCACGGGCUCCUGCACCGGGAGAUCAACAACAUACUGGCGAUCGGUGGGCCGGGGCGGAGCGGGGAGGACAAGUUCCGGAGCUGGAGGAGCGAGCUGCUGGGGAGGAGCGGGAGCUUCAUGCAGGUCCCCAUGAGCGCCAACUCGAUGGCUCAGGCGCAGCUGAUUCUAAACAUGUUCCCUCCUGUUCAGGGCUACAGCCUCGUGCAAGGGGAUGGAACGCUGAGGCUCGGUUGGAAGGACACGAGCUUGUACACUGCCUCUGCUUGGACGUCGAUUGCUCAUCAUCACAGAUAGAUGCAAACCCUAGGGUUGAAAAAUUCUUAACUCUUUGAUCAUCGUGAUACAUACUUUUGGAUAUCAAGAUUACUAUAAUUAGGAAGUGUUUUUGAUUUUGUGAUCUCCCUCUUCUUCUUCUUCUUCCCUCUGACCAUGGGUGUGUUGGCAUUUGGAGUG